AUGUUGGCUCAAGCUCAAGCCUGGCUGAUCUGGCCGGCCAACUGUGGGUCGGGCAGGGACGACAAGGGCCAGGCCACCCAGCCCGCUCGAGGGAUGGCGCCAGCAUGCCAGACUGCGCAGCCGGCGGCGGAGCCGCGCCCGGGCAGCGGCGGCAAGCGCACCUCCGCCGAGGGCCUCCUCGCCAGCGGGUGCGGCCCCCAGGGGCUGCCCGCCCUGGGCGCAGGCCACGCCGGCGCGGCAGGGCGCCCGAGGCACCACGGCCCGUGCUGGCGCGGCCCGGCCGCCAGGUCGCGCCUGCUCUGCGCCCUAGACCCCGCCGAGCCCAAGGGCCUCGCGAAGCGCGGCGGCGGCCCCGCGCUGCCGGAGGGGCCGCCCCCGCUGCCGAGGUCCCCGGCGAUUGUCGGCGAUUCCGAGUGGGGGGCGCUGAUCCUGGAGACGUUCUUUGUGCCGAGGAGCGCCCGCGCCCAGCUCCGCCCAGAGGGCGCCGCCGGCGACGGCCCCGGGGCGUCCGACAAGGCGGCCCAGGCGAUCUUGCGCUCGGUGCUGCCGGUGCCGCCCCAGGGGGCGCCCGCUCGCCGCAUGCCCCUGCGGAGGAGGCUGCGGCGCAGCAGCAGCGCGUAG